CGCCUAUUUCUUAAGUUCCAACAAUCCCACUAUUGAUUUCCACCAAUCAAUCCAACGGUUACUAAUCUAAACCAAACUCUUCACACGGAUCGCCUCGCGAUCCAUCGGCCGCCAAUAGCACAUCUCCUACUAUAAAAGGACCCUAGCAAACUCCAAUGACAACAAUAUCAUAUUGAAGAAAGAGCGAGCAAGGAGAGGGGAAGAUCAAAGAUGUCAGGGAGAGGAAAGGGAGGAAAGGGAUUGGGAAAGGGAGGUGCCAAGAGGCACAGGAAGGUGCUCCGGGAUAACAUUCAAGGCAUCACCAAGCCUGCCAUUCGGCGACUGGCUAGGCGUGGUGGAGUCAAACGCAUCAGCGGUCUCAUCUACGAGGAGACAAGAGGCGUCCUCAAGAUCUUUCUCGAGAAUGUCAUUCGGGACGCCGUUACCUACACCGAACACGCUCGUCGCAAGACCGUUACUGCCAUGGAUGUUGUAUAUGCCUUGAAGAGGCAGGGGAGGACUCUCUAUGGCUUUGGUGGUUAAAGAUUUGGGAUUAGGGUUAGGGUUGAGUUUUGUUUGCACUAGUGGAAAACGAUGUUAAAAUUUAAUGACCAAAUGGGUUAUGUGUAAAAUGACUAAAUGGGCUUCAUGUUAUACUAUUACACUGGUUUUCAUGCGAA